AUGGCAUCGGGGAUCACAUAUAACGGUGUUCCGAGUGAUGAGGGGGGGGGAUUGUUCAAAAACGUAAACUUUUGGGUUGCACAGCGUAUACCUAUGAGAUCAACAUGGGUUGAACUAAUCAAGAGCAAUGGUGGCUCAGUUGUCCCUCUAGAGAGGCAAGCUGACAUGCUCAUCGCCGAUGAUGCACGCAAGGACUCUCCCCCAGGCUCUUACUCGUGGAAGUUCAUCGAAGACUCAGUCGAUAAAGGUAUGGUUCAGAUCAAAGACAAGUACCUGAUCGGCCCCGACCCGGAUCUGCCGCGGCCUGCUGCUUCGGGUAGUUUAGCAAGGGGCAAACGAGUUCCCUUCACUCCCGCUGACGACGCCGUGUUUGUGAAAUGGGUGCUCGCCCAAGCUCACCGCUUCGAAUCCAAGGUCAAGCUGUGCAAAGAGUUUGAGAAAAUUAACUCAAGACAUACUUGGCAAUCGUGGCUGGAUCGGUGGAAUAAGAGACUAGCUCUUCUCCCAUCGGAACAGUUGAAUGCCAUAGCCGCCUCAGCGCCAGCCGAUACAGCUGCUACUUCCCAUCACCCAGCUCACUCUCCUCCACCGCCUCCAUCAGCACAGGCUCCCAAACCAAAGAGUCCCCCCAAACCAUCUCCAAAGCCGGCUCCCAAGUCUUCUCCCAAGAAGCAGAGCACCAUGGCUCGUCCUAAGGACAUCCCAGAUACGAUCCCGGAAACGCCUCAACGAGAACCCUCUCCAGAUUUGUUGGAUAGCUUUUCCGAUGCCUCGUCUCCCAUCGCCGGGUCUGAGGAGCUAGAGAAGGAGAGGAACUUGCUUCUCGAUCUACAGACCUACGCAAGCGUCAACGGGUUACCACUAAACAUUGCCCCAACAAUCAAAGGUCAACCACUGUCUUUGUACCAGAUGGUGACACUGCUCGACGGUGCAACUGACGGCAUAGACUGGGAGGCCAUUACACGAGAUCUUGGGUUCGACGCCUCCAGAGCAGGCAUCGUACGUGCUGUUCAAAAGGUAUGGAAUGACAAUCUGAAAGACUUUUUGGAUGACGUCGAGAGUUUCGAUGAGGAAGAGGAGGAAGAUGAACUCGAGUCGGACCUAGGUCAAGACCAGGACGAUGAACUAGAAUCCCGCCCAGGGUCGGAGGAUUUGGCAACGCCCAGGGCAAGCAAGAAACGGGCCCUUGGUCGUCGCGAGGAUGAUACCUCAUCGCCCAGACCUCCAAAGCGAAACAGAAUAGACCCAUACGAUGAUCUCCCAUCGUCACCUCCUCCCGCACAACUCCCAAGACGGAAGCAGCCUGCUCUUGGAUCUCCAAUUCUCGGAUCAUACACACCCGAACGACAACUCAGCAGCGGCCGCAGAACCAGCACAACCAGCAGAAACAAUCCCAAGACCCCUAUUGCAAAAACGCCACAACUUCCUACUCACGAAAGCUCAUACGACGUGACCCCUUCCCAACAACUCGACCUCGAAGCACAGCAGACCGGGAGCCCCGUCAAGGUCGUCAGAAGACCGCAGCACACCCACACCUCACCAGCAGGAGACGGUAGCCCAAGACCCAGGCGCCCGUCCCAUCCAGCCACGGCACCUCCCGCCCCCAGGUCAAACCCACCCCCCACGACCCCGAAGCCCCUACCGAAGCCCGCCAAGCGGCGUACCCUCCCAGCUUCCUUCACCCGCAGCAACGACUCCCCCAAGUCGCCGCCAGCACACCCGCCUCGCCGCUCAACCCCGCCGAGAAAACCACCCCACCCGAUGCCCAUGGCGGGGGGCAACGACAGGAACGACGCCGGCAACGCCACCCCGCGAGCGACCAACGCCCACAUCUCAGAGCCCACCACCAUCGAGGGGUGGGUUGAGCACUACCAGUCCCUCGGCUACACCCAUGCCAUCGUCGUGGCAGCAAUGACAGCCACGACCAUGACCCCCGGCUGCCUCACGGCCCACGCUCUCGAGUCCCUGUCGGCUGGCAAUGGCAUCCCCAAGAAUACCGAGGGGAUAUGGACUGACCGCGACGACAAGGCCCUGCGAAGCCUGAUGUCUCUCGGUGAGAGGAUAGAGCACGAACCCACCGAUGCAGGGGAACACCAAGUACUACAAAAGGCACUCCGCGAGCGCAGGAGGCUUUUGCAUAAGCAUGGGCAGCGCAGGAUGGAUCAGAGGGAACUGCUUUUGCAAGCGAGCGAUGAGCUUCCCUCCAGUUCGGGACGAGGAAGGCAGUAA